AUGGUUUGCUUUUCUUCGAUGGGUGGCUCUGGUAUAAUAGCCACAGAACUCGGGAAGUUGUUGGCCGACAAAGGAUAUCAAGUGCAUUUUAUUGGACAUGGCGUACCAUUUCGUCUCGAUAAAUUAUCAAAAAAUAUUUUUUAUCAUGAAGUCGAAGUAACUGAUUAUCCUGUUUUCAAAGGCUCACCUUAUGAUUUGGCACUUGCCAACAAAAUUGCAGAAGUAGCUAAGAUGGAACAACUUGAUUUGAUACAUGUGCAUUAUGCCAUGCCACAUGCAGUUUGUGCAUUUUUAGCUAAACAAAUAGUGGGUGAUCAUUUAAAAAUAGUCACAACAUUACAUGGAACUGAUAUUACUAUACUUGGAGUGGAUCCAACCUUCAAAGAUUUGAUAUGUUUAGCACUCAAGAAAAGUGAUGCAGUUACUGCUGUUUCAAAAGAUUUAGUAAAAGAAGCUCAAAAAUUAGACAACAAUAUGUGCAACAUUGACUUAACAUAUAAUUUUGUUGAUGAACGACUGUUUCAUCCAAGAAACAAUGACCGAUUACGUGCAGAAUUGGGCAUUGGGAAAGAUCAAGUUCUAUUGCAUGCCUCUAAUUUUCGGCCAGUAAAACGUGUCAUUGAUGUGAUUAACAUUUUCGCACUUGUAAAUCAAAAGAUUCCAUCGACACGAUUAUUAUUAGUUGGCGAAGGACCCGACAUGCGCGAUUGUCAAAAGCGACUACAUGAAUUGAAGUCAGAGAAGCAAGUGCAUUUCCUUUCGAAAGAAGCUAGUAUGCCGCAUACUUUUCCGCUAGCUGAUGUAUUAUUAUUACCGUCGGAAAAAGAGAGUUUCGGACUCGUAGCUCUCGAAGCAAUGGCAUGUGGUGUACCGACUGUUGGAUCAAUAGCAGGCGGGAUCCCAGAAUUAGUUAUUCAUGGAGAAACUGGCUUUCUAGCACCUAUUGGAGAUACGAAGACAAUGGCAGAAUAUACGAUUCAAUUAUUGACCGAUAAAGUACUGAUGCAGCAAAUGUCACGCCAGUGUCUCAUUCAUGCGAGAACAGAAUUUAAUCGUGAAACGAUGGUGAACCGAUACGAACAAAUUUAUUAUCGAGUAUUAAACCGAAAAAUGCCUGAACCUUCAUAG